AGCCCGGGCGCGGGAGUGCGGAGUUUUGGUCUCCCGGACUUAGCUACAGGGGUGGGGUCUGCGUUAUAGUGUACUUAGGCGUUCCUCUUUGAAAUGCAGCGGGAUUUGGUGAGUUUCCCGCUGUCUCCUGCAGUACGGGUGAAGCUGGUGUCUGCAGGUUUCCAGACUGCUGAGGAACUCCUGGAGGUGAAACCCUCCGAACUCAGCAAAGAAGUUGGAAUAUCUAAAGAGGAGGCUUUAGAAACUCUGCAGAUUAUAAGAAGAGAGUGUCACACAAAUAAACCAAAAUAUGCUGGUGCGCCAGAGUCAGGCAGGAAGUGUACAGCACUGGAACUUCUCGAGCAGGAGCAAACCCAGGGCUUCAUUAUUACCUUCUGUUCUGCACUAGAUAAUAUUCUUGGCGGUGGAGUACCCUUAAUGAAAACAACGGAAAUUUGUGGUGCACCAGGUGUUGGAAAAACACAAUUAUGUAUGCAGUUGGCAGUCGAUGUGCAGAUACCAGAAUGUUUUGGAGGAGUGGCGGGUGAAGCAGUUUUUAUUGAUACAGAGGGAAGCUUUAUGGUUGACAGAGUGGUAGACCUUGCUACUGCCUGCAUUCAGCAUCUUCAUCUUAUAGCAGGAACACACAUGGAAGAAGAACACGAAAGAGCUUUGAAGGACUUCACUCUUGAAAAUAUUCUUUCCCAUAUUUACUAUUUUCGUUGUCAUGAUUAUACAGAACUACUGGCGCAAGUUUAUCUUCUUCCAGAUUUCCUUUCAGGUCAUUCAAAGGUUCGAUUAGUGAUAGUAGAUGGAAUUGCUUUUCCUUUUCGCCAUGACAUUGAUGACCUAUCCCUUCGAACUCGAUUACUAAAUGGCCUUGCCCAGCAAAUGAUCAGCCUUGCAAAUAAUCACAGAUUAGCUGUAAUUUUAACCAAUCAAAUGACAACAAAGAUUGAUAAAAAUCAGGCCUUGCUGGUUCCUGCAUUAGGGGAGAGUUGGGGACAUGCUGCUACAAUACGGCUAAUUUUUCAGUGGGACAGAAUGCAAAG